GCCGCCUCAUUUCCGGCUGCUGCGGCGCGGCGGCCCGGCCUCGGCCCGGAUGCCCCAGACCCGGGACCCCUCCGGGAGCGGCGGACGUCCGCGCGGGAGCCGGUGACCGAGGCGGCGGGCAUGGCCGCGGCCUGGCCGCGCGCGCUGCUGGUGCUGCUGGCCUCGCAGGUGGCGUCCUCGGCGGGCUUCCCGGAGGAGGACGAGGCUCCCGGGGAGUGGGUCCUGCUGCACGUGGUGCAGGGCCAGAUCGGCGCCGGGAACUACAGCUACUUGCGGCUGAACCACGAGGGCAAGAUCGUUCUGCGGAUGCAGAGCGUGAAGGGCGACGCCGACCUGUACGUGUCGGACAGCACGCUGCACCCCAGCUUCGACGACUACGCGCUGCAGUCCGUCACGUGCGGCCCGGACGCCGUGGCCAUCCCCGCGCACUUCCGGCGGCCCGUGGGCAUCGGCAUCUACGGGCACCCGUCGCACCAGGAGAGCGAGUUCGAGAUGAAGGUGUACCUGGACCGCAGCGUGGAGCCGGCCGCGUUCGCCGACGUGGCGGCCCCGGACGGCAGGGACCCGGGGCACAGGCACGCGCCGGCCGCCGAGGACGCGCCCCCGGAGGAGGAGUCGGUGCUCUGGACCGUCCUCAUCAGCCUCCUGAAGCUGGUGCUGGAGGUCCUGUUCUGAGCCCCGGGGCGGGCGGUGCCCCCGGGGCCGGGCGUGCGG